AUGGAUGAAGUGCUUAAACGAGGAUCUGCUGCUGGAAAAUCUAAACCACAGUACCUAAGUCUAAGAGCAGUAAAAUUACUGAGCAUUAGCCAUAUUGCCAGACUCAUAGUCAGUGCCCAAGAUAAUGAUGAUGGAUCGAGAAGGUCUCAGUGCCCUGAGCUGGAGGACCAUGACUGCAAGAAUGAUCAAUUCCCAGUUGACACAGAAAUUGUGCAGGAUCUGCUGCUCCAGCUGGAUCGCUACAAAUCUGUUGGCCUUGAUGGGAUUCAUCCCAGAAUCCUCAGAGAGCUGGCUGAUUCUGGUCUUUCCGACACCCUGAUUCCCUUGUUGCCUCUUCCUGGGGUUCUCUGCUGGAUACUAAACAAGCACUUCCUUCAGGGUAAACAUCAAUUCACCUCCAAGCAAGGCACAGAAAGACCCAGGAGAACAGUUUACAGAUCGAAUGCAAGGAAUGGGAGCAAUGGCUAUUCUGAUCUCGGUACAAAGAAAAAACAUGGACAACUUUGGGAAGUUUCUCAGUAUAAACUGAACACAGCUGCAGAUGUUCUUGAGGACACGUCUUAUUCUCAAUGGCACUGGGGAGAAUCAAGUCAAAGAUUUCUUCAGAUGCUUUUAUGUGUCACCAGCUUCAGAGAAAACGUGAGAAGGCAGAAAACAGAGCAGCAGCUAGAUGCAGAGCUCCAAGAGUUUCAUCCAGCCAAUACUAGUUCUGGAAAGAACAUGCCUCUGCACGAGCAGAAGCCUCUGCCUCAGCAAGUGUCCCUCUCCCUCACACUGCCCACAAUAUGA